CGUGGGAAGCCUGGGGUAGGCCCUGCUGUUUUUCUAACUCUAGUUCAAUCCUACGCUGCCGUCUCAACCAAAACAAGGAGCGAGAAAAUCCCCCUCCUGGACGGCAAAUAAACGAGUGUAACCAUUGUCGUCGGAUUUGACUUGUUUUUGGAUUUAAAACACUCAAUGACAAUCAAAAGGAACCCUUCUGGAACUUUCCCGACCUAAAGAAGAUUAAAGAGCAAAUUUGUGGAGUUUCACAAUUAUUACAGCUACGACGGAAAUCAUGACAUAAGUGGCUAUUGCUAACAUGUGGUGCCUUCAGUCUUACGCCCGAUGGAAAGCACGUACACCCCACAGGGAUCCACAGCAGGCUUUUAAACCUUAACCCUUCAUGUGAUCUCAGAGAGUUCUGAUUGACCCUCCAUACAACAACAUUGAUAUUCACGCACACCUUUUGUCUAGUCCUGUGGCUGCCCUGACUUUGCAUCCUCUGGCAAACUCCUCUUUAUCUAGAGCAAGUAGACCUGGAGGUUAAUGUACAAAUGUCUACCUCACGCUUAAAGGUCCUCUCUCUACAUCUGCAACCUUGAAGACACUACAAAAUGACCUCCAGCAUAGACCGAGAUGACAGCAGCAUCUUUGAUGGGUUGAUGGAAGAAGAUGAGAAGGACAAAGCAAAAAGAGUUUCUAGGAACAAGUCGGAAAAGAAGAGGCGAGACCAGUUCAAUGUGCUCAUCAAAGAACUGGGCACCAUGUUGCCGGGUAACACCCGGAAGAUGGACAAGUCUACCAUCCUCCAGAAGAGCAUCGACUUCCUGCGCAAACAUAAAGAAAUCGCUGCACAGUCUGAGUCCAGUGAAAUCCGUCAGGACUGGAAACCUCCCUUUCUCAGCAAUGAGGAGUUCACACAGCUGAUGCUGGAGGCACUAGAUGGCUUUUUUCUGGCUAUCAUGACAGACGGCAACAUAAUCUAUGUCUCAGAAAGUGUCACGUCUUUAUUAGAACAUCUACCUUCUGAUCUUGUGGAUCAGAACCUGUUAAAUUUUCUUCCACUGGGUGAGCACUCUGAGGUGUAUAAAGCCCUGUCCACACACAUUCUAGAUGGGGAGACCCUCACCCCUGACUACCUAAAAACAAAAAACCAGUUAGAGUUUUGUUGCCACAUGCUCCGGGGCACGAUCGACCCAAAGGAACCGCCCGUUUAUGAGUAUGUCAAGUUCAUCGGAAACUUUAAGUCCCUCAACACUGUGCCUAACUCGACGCGUAACGGCUUUGAGGGAGUGAUUCAGCGAUCGCUGAGACCUGCUUUCGAAGACAGAGUGUGUUUCAUUGCAACUGUGAGGUUAGCCAAACCUCAGUUUAUCAAGGAAAUGUGUACUGUGGAGGAGUCCAAUGAGGAGUUUACUUCCAGACACAGUUUAGAAUGGAAAUUCCUGUUCUUGGACCACAGGGCACCUCCCAUCAUAGGUUACCUGCCCUUUGAAGUUCUGGGUACGUCUGGCUAUGACUACUAUCAUGUGGAUGACCUGGAGACGCUGGCCAAAUGCCAUGAGCAAUUAAUGCAGUACGGUAAGGGGAAGUCGUGCUAUUAUCGAUUUCUAACCAAAGGUCAGCAGUGGAUCUGGCUACAGACGCAUUACUACAUCACCUACCACCAGUGGAACUCACGGCCCGAGUUUAUCGUCUGCACACACACUGUGGUCAGUUACGCUGAAGUGAGAGCUGAACAGCGUCGAGAACUGGGGAUUGAGGAGUCGCCUCCGGAAAUCUCAGCAGACAAGUCCCAAGACUCCGGCUCUGAGUCUCAGUUGAAUACAUCCAGCCUGAAGGAGGCGCUGGAGCGUUUCGAUCACAGCCGCACACCCUCCGCCUCCUCAAGGAGCUCCCGCAAGUCCUCCUCACACACAGCCGUCUCCGACCCCACGUCCACACAGACAAAACCACAGACAGACCAUAUCACACCUCCCCGCCAAUCAGUCUCAGCCAUUGAGAUGACAUCACAGCGGAGGUCCUCCAUUAGCAGUCAGUCUAUGAGCUCUCAGAACACGGCACAGACGAUGGCAACAUCCCUAGUGUCUCAGCCUCAGCAACUUCAGCCUAACGUACAGCCGGUGCUGCAAUUUUCUACGCAGAUGGAUGCGAUGCAACAUCUUAAGGAUCAGCUGGAGCAGCGCACGCGCAUGAUCGAGGCCAACAUCCAGAGACAACAAGACGAGCUACGGCAAAUACAAGAAGAACUGCAGAGGGUGCAGGGACAGAACUUACAGAUGUUCUUGCAGCCAGGAGCAGGCGGUAUCAACCUUGGCUCGGUGCAGUUGGCGCAGGGAUCAUCUGUGCAGACAGGGGGCGCUCUUUCCAUGCAGGGUGCAGUGGUGCCAGCAGGCAACCUGCAAAGUGGUCUGCAGUCCACGCACACAGGGACACAACACGCCGUCACACAGCAUUCUCAACAGGCACCACCACCGGCACCACAACAGCAGAACCUUAUCAGAGAUCAAAGCUCAACACUAACACAGCAGCCUCAGAGGUCAUCUCACACGCUUCAGUCUCCUCAAGGAGCAUUGCCUGCAUCUUUAUAUAACACCAUGAUGAUCUCUCAGCCUGCCCAAGCCAACGUCGUGCAGAUCGCCACAAGCUUGGCCCAGAACAGCACCCCCAGUGGUGGCACUGUCGCCACUUUCGCACAAGAUCGUCAGAUAAGGUUUCCGGCUGCUCCACAGCUUCUCACGAAGCUUGUAACCGGUCCAAUGGCAUGCGGUGCGGUUAUGGUGCCUACCACCAUGUUCAUGGGGCAAGUGGUCACUGCAUUUGCACCACAGCAGGGCCAGGCUCAAACUAUCAGCAUCGCCCAGCAGCCGCCUGCGCAGACGCAGGAGCAGCAGGCCCAGACGCAGUCACAGACGGCUGUGGCAACAGCCCAACAGCAAGGCCAGGCCCAAGCUCAACUUGUCCAGCAGCAAACCCAAUUCCUGCAGGCUCCUCGACUUAUCCACGGUAACCAGUCCACCCAGCUGAUUCUCCAGGCAGCUUUUCCCCUGCAGCAGCAAGGCACCUUCGCAGCCGCAGCGCAACAACAUCAGCAACUGCAGCAGCAACAACAACUGCAGCAGCAGCAGCUCCAUCAGCAGCAUCAACAACAGCAGCAGCAGCUGCAACAACAGCAGCAACAACAGCAACACCAACUGCAACAACAACAUCAUCAACAGCAGCAGCAACUGGCAGCUCACAGAUCCGACAGCAUGUCGGACCGCUCCAGCGCACCGCCUCAGUAGCAGAAGCAGCGGACCAUCGCAUGGCGGAGACCGAAUCAAACCUCUGCUGAGCAGUCUUGGAGGCCGGGGGCGUGCAUUCGGUGGAUUGAGGGAGAUAUAUGACACACAUGGUAUUUGUACUGUACCCUCAUAUCCUUCCACUGUUUGGAGGUCCAGGUGAAAGGCAUAACGUGCCCUCUCCAGCCUAUUUGUUUGGCGGCUUGCAUGGAAUUCUGGAAGAGGUCCGACCACAAGUCACCGAAGGUUUUGCUGGUUGUUUGGUUUGGUUUCUUAAAGCCGCAAACUAUCUGCACUUUUACCUUCGCCACAGUAAGAAGGGGCCGAAAGGUUCUGCCUGUCAUGUUCCCCUUCGUGUCUUUCGCCCACCUUUCACAGGUUUAUUUAUGCAGAACGCUCUGGUUAAAAACUUGGAGCUUGUGCUUCGAGACUUCAAAGAAGUCCUACAGAACAAACAGCACCUCCAUCUAUCUGUCUAUCUAGCUAUUUCUUCUUCGUUUGUCCUCAAUUCCUCUUUCCUUUUACAUUUUACUCGUGAAAGUAAUUAUGGGUCAGAAAAUAUUUUUAAGAAUGUCAAGUGGAUUCAACAUUUAUUGUACAGUUCGCCUGUAAAAUAAUAUGUAAAUAUAUGGACAAAAGGAAAGAGAAAUUAAUAUUUUAUAUGAUGCAUGAGAUGAAAAGCGUAGUCUGUUAUUUGUAGCUUUGAAUAUACAUUUUUCUAAUAUUCAAAGGCAAACGUAAUACACAUAAUGGCUGAUCUCUUCACAGACUUCCUUUUUCCAGUGGGAUGAUGGGGGUGAGUACGUGUUUAUGUAUCUAUGUGCUUGCGCACAUGCGUUUGUACGGAUGCGUGUCUGUCUGCCGAGCAGGCAAUGCUGGAUCCACGGUUUGUGUCACAGUUGGUUUAAAAAUCACCUUCGUAUAAACAACAGAUGACUUUUAGAUAUUUUGCAUUAUACAGGAAUUGCAAAAACAUAGUUCUAAUAAAUUUGGAGAGAUGAUUUACAUUUGUAAAUACUUUGGAAAGAGAAGGCUUCGGUUAGGAUUUUACACGGUUAGACAAAAUAUCAAAAUGGUGCUUUGACUUUAAGAUGUCCAUAUUUAUGCAUAAGUCAUUACAGGUUUCAAUGUAAUGGCAGUAAAAGCCUCUCGUGACAUCCAAUGAUUAAAAAAUAAGACAAAGCAACCAUUAAAAUAAGCUAAAACAAAAAUCAAGAUGACACUUAGUGUUCAGUUAUUUUUAUAAUGAUAGUUAUUUAUUAGAGAACCAAGCUCUCUUAAUAUAUUUUGUUGGGUGGAGAUAAGGGCUUGAAGUCAAAAAGAAUGAGAUCUGAUUACUAAAACUAAAUGCAGGGUUAUAAAGAGGACAAAUAUAUUUACAGAUUGCUUCAGGUUAAGCCAUAGUGUUCUCUAGUUUUGUUAGUUCUUCACAUGUUGUAGCUGUUUUACUAGAUGGUUAGGAUGAAAGGAUGAAAUAUAAUUUCACAGUCAAACCUAUUUGAUAGUAAAUUAUCACGUGUUUGCACAUUUUUAAAACAGAAAAUAUUUUUAUGCCUGUUGGCUCGAUAACAUUUCAAAUAAGCGCAUCUUCCAUGACUUGACUUUGCUAUCUUCCAGACAUCUCUGGACUGGAAGCAGGAAUGUAAAGAUUCACUAUAUUACCUCUGAAACAUUGACACGUGUCAACAGCUGGAUGGAAAUUUUAGGAACUUUCACAUAGGAGGAGAUGCUAUUUUAGUGUGUUGGCAACACUAAGAAGUGAAUCUAGUUUAGCUUUCUAUCCAAAGCAAUAGUUUUACUUAAAGGGAUAGUUCACUUUAAAAUGAAAGAUCUGUCAUCAUUUACUCAUCCUCAUGUUGUACCUGUAUGAAUUUUUUUCUUUUUUUUUUUUGAUGAACACAAAAGAAGUUAUUUUGAGAAAUGAUGGUAAACACACAGCAGUAAGUGACCAUUGACUUCCAUAGUAGGAAAAAAAUAUUUUGGAAGUAUUGUGAUAAAUGAUGAAGAAAAUAUUUUGAUUAAUGAUGGUAAGCACACAGUUGAUGGUACCCAUUAACUUCCAUCAUAUUUUUUAUAUUCCUACUAUGGUAGUCUAUGUCACUUACUGCUGUGUGUUUACCAUCAUUUCUCAAAAUAUCUUCUUUUGUGUUCAUCAGAAAAAAGAAUUUCAUACAGGUUUAGAACAACAUGAGGAUGAGUAAAUGAUGACACAAUUUUCAUUUUAAAGUGAACUAUCCCUUUAAUAAUAAACACAUGACAAUGCCUGAAUUCAAAUGUUGUAUUUACGCACAUAUGCUAGAUUUACAAUAGAUCUACCUGAUAUAUACACUGUAAAAAUGUUUUGUUUUUCAACCCAGCAUGGGGUCAAAAGGGGACGAACCCAACCUUUGGGUUAAAUUAACCCAGAAAAUGUUUAUAUUUGACCCAACAAUGGGUUAAAACAACCCAUCUUAUGUUAAAUUACAACAUAACCCAGCAUUUUUUACAGUGUACAUAGAUAAAUAGAUUUUGUCUUGGGGUUAUUUGGCACAACAGUGCUAACUAGAAUAAAACCUUUUCAACUGCUCAAUUACACAAAAUGCUGGGUUAUUUAAAAAAGACUAAUCUUUUUGGUUAAAUUAAUCCAGAUUUUUUUAUAUUUGAACCAACAAUGGGUUAACAAUCCAGCAUAGGUUAAAUUACAACCCAAGGGUCAGAUUCGUGUCUUUUUGAAAUAACGCUGGGUUGACAAUAACCCAGCAUUUAGACUAUCAGCAUCACUACACCAGAAAUUAGGCAUUAGCUGGGUUUCCAUCCAAACGUGAAGCAAAUCUUUUCAAAAUUCGCAAAAAAAGAUAAACAAAGAAAUUCUCUUUUUCGCAUAAAUCAAAAACCACCUCAAGCGAGAGUAAAACUUUUUUGCCAAUCAAAGGAUUUUUAAUCGGAAUUUGCCGUUUCCAUCACUCGUUUUCGAUGCGAUACUUCAAAAGGCAAAUAUGGAAAUUGUUAGACAUAUGUACAGUGUUUAAAUUCAGAGUUAGAGGUAUCUGUAGUGAAAAAAAUAAUAUAAUGUGUGUGUUUAUAUGCAUACAUAACUGUAUAUAUGAAUGUAGAUAUAUAACCAGAAUUUUUACUAUUUUAUUAAUUUUGAUUGUUUUAUAAUCUAAAGUCACUUUUAUCAACGUGUAGCACUUAACUUCAGUUGUUUUACAUAUUAUUUUAUUUGUCAGAGGAAGUCCCUUUCGUCAACAGGUAGCACUUACUGUGAUCUUUUUAAGAAAAGAUCACGCCUCCUGUUUAAAUGAUACUUUUAAUAGUCAGAAUCUAGUGUGUUAGUAUGCAAUGUUGCCUUUUUUUCAGGUUAGUACCAGUAGACAGGUUUCAUUACAGGAACUUUCGCCAAAAAUUUAAAUUUGGUUAUUUACUUGGUUAUUCAUUUCCAACCUAUUUGAAUUGUAUGUGUGUGUUUCAUUACUUUGAACAUCUGAAUAUGGCAUGACUUUAUUUCUAAGUAUAUGACGUCAAUAUUUUAGUCAUAUCAGACCUCAGUAUAGGGCAAGUCAAAAUGGUUGGUUUGCUUAAGAUAAGCCAAACACCCAUAGUGCUCAUCUUAUCACAGUUCAUGUUGCAGUAUCCACCCAAAUGCUGGAGGACCCCACCAAUCUUUUAUAAUGCAGUAUACAAAAAUCUGUGCCACCGGGUUACUCAUACUCACUUGGCUCAUGCCAUGGUUUUGAGCCUAUCCACCAGAAUCUGAAUGGCAGCCGUGCAUGCAUUGAUUUUGAUUGUGGUUUUCUGCCAAAAUAUUUGGCUGUACAUUUCAAUGCCACAGAAAUAUGAUUUAUAUGAGAUUUAACCCAACAGCAUAGCUAGAAAUGGGCAACGGAAGAUUAAUGAUUGAAUGUAAAACCAUCAUUUAGCUUUAUUACAUAGUAACGGGUAUGUAGGUGGAAACACAAACUGAAUAUUUUAAAGAGGAAUAUAUAUAUAUAUAUACAGAAGUUAGAUUUUAUUUUUUUAGAGCCAAAUCGAAACAGAAAAUUUAAUAGGAUUUAAUUAUUGUUUAAAACACAUAUUAUACAUGUUAUAUAUUAUAUUAUAACCCAAAUGAAGGAUUUAAACAAACUGUGACACAUUGAAGGACCAGUUCAAAUUUCUCUCCACGGUUGUAUUCAGGAUGUGGUUAAGGUCUGUUUGUAAAAGCUGUUCAUCAGACCCAUGCUUGUGUUAUUGGGUAUUAUGAAGAUAAUGUAUGGGGAUACGUACACAAUUUCAGGCUGGGUCGAGAAUGACCUCAUCUCCGAUGCUUAAAUACAUCAUGAAACGACGGCAGUGUGACAAUGUUGAUGUUUUUUCUGCACUGAUUUGUAUCGUCAGCCCCAAGGUAACGGUGAACUUUUAUGGCUUCCUCAGGUUGGUUCAAAAUACCAUACGUUUAUACACCUCCUCAUUCUUACACCGCUUUAUCUCGUGAUAGUGACCUCUUCAAUAAAACACACUCUUCUGCACUAAUAGACACAAUAAACAGUCGUUCCCACUAUGAGAUUAUUUCCACCCUGUACCUCUGAAUGGUUUUUGGUGCUCCAUGCAACUUAAAACAGUAUGAGUCCAAAGAGCUAGAUGGAAAGAUGAGAAUACUGAACCCCCAUAAAUUUGUUGUUUUGGAAACGUUUAAUGCUCAGCCUAAAAACGUCCAUGAAAUAGGAGGUGGUGAACCAUGUUAAAUGUUUUGUAGUACUGAUGUAGAAGUUCAGAAUGUCUACCAGUGUUCAAUCUUGCUAUCAUUUAUUCUUGUACGUGUGAUGUUCUUUGAAGAGCACUUGCGUUUGGCUCAUGAAAUUUAUCUGGUCAGUACAUGUUAAUGAAGAUACAGAUAGCAUAUAUUAGACCUUUAAAUGUCUUAGGCAUCAUCUAUUCAGAGCUCAGCGGGGCUGUGCGAGGAUUUUGGGUUUACCUAAACUCGAAUUAAAAAAAGAAAAAGUGUAAAAUCCAACAAAAGUGUGCUGUGUUGGGUUGAUUUUGUGAGCCAGGCCAUUCUUACCAUAAUGGAAAGUUUUUAAACAAACAGUGCUGUUUACUCCCCUUAUUCAGUUUUGACAAAUAAACAUUUAAAUACAUUGU